AUAAAAUCAAAAUUUGUAUUUUUUCAGAUGAAAUGCGAGAGCAAUAAUUAAUCCUUGAUACUGUUCUUAUUCAGAUUUAGGUAGAGGUGAGUGGUGAGGAUGGAGGUCCGAUCCAGAAUUCGGCUUAGUCAAGCAGUUAUUCAUCUUUUCAUGCUCAUCAGUGGGAUUGAAUAUGCUAUUGUAUUCCCAACUCUGUGGGAGUAUUUACAGUCCGUAGGUGUUCACCAUUCCCAAACUUAUUGGUUAGGAUUGGCAAUAUCUGCUAUGACAGCAACAGAUAUAAUAUGUGGUUUAAUCGCUGGUUGGUUGGUGGAUUUUACAAGCAAAACUAGACCACUGUUGUUGUUGUUGAAUGGAUUCCAGGUUGCUGGUUCAAUCCUCUACAUUUUCUCAACCUCACACUACCUUAUACUUGUUAGCAGGCUCGUCUCCGGCUGCGGGAAGAGCAUUGCUGUCGUAUUUCUGGCGGAUAUUUGUAAAUCUACCAGUAGAGAGGAGAGAACACCUGUCCUCCUAUUAUUCAACAUUGCUUCACACAUAGGUAUGUUGUUGGGUCCCUCCCUGAACCUGAUAGUUAGGUGGAUUAACGUGGAGACCCCCUACCUCACGUUGAACAAGUUGAAUGCUCCAGGUCUGAUCAUGCUUUGCCUCUGGUCCUUGUUCACUUUCUUGGUUCUCCUUGUCUACGUGGAAUUAGUUGAAUUAAAGUGUGAGGAGAUGUUAACGAAUCAGCUGGAUCUAGGAUAUACUAACGAGACUCUACAGGAUAUUCUUGAGUCCGGGGAGGCCGAGGAUGAGGAUCCUGAGUAUCUAGUAGAGAACGAUACCACUACUACCUCUGAAGGAUCUGAUCUUCAAGAGAUCGAGAUUGUUCUCACCUCAUUCAAGGACUGUGAGUUUAAAGAGAAGGUUGAUGAGAUAAGAUAUGGAUCUCAGUAUAUACAGGGCGCUAGUCCCUGCAGUAGAACUCAUCCUGCCUCUGGAUCAAGUCCUUCAACAAGAACCCGGUAUACUUCAUCAAUACUCCCACCCAACCUUCCAAACAGAAGAAUAUCAGGUUUUCUGACCCGGGAUUUACUAGGACACAGGAACAGUAUAACAUCAUACGGUUCUCUUGAUAGUAAUGGGAGUAGAUGGGAGUACAAUAGAAAUCCACUCCACCUACUCAGACGUGACACGAGGAAGUCUGACAAAUUUAUCAACGAGGCUGAGAGGUUGAUGGGGGAGAGUAUGUACUCCACAACAAAUACUACAAUAGAAUCCUUGUAUCCAAGCAGGGAUGGAUCUUUAUCCUAUACUGGUUCUAUAGCAUUGACCUGGUCUGAUUAUAGGAAUGCUCUUCUUAAACCAGAAAUAGUCAUUCUUACUUUUAUCAGAUGCAUCGCAAUGUUUUGUCAGACUAACCUUGAAUCUAUCGUGCCUCCGAUCAUGAAUACAUAUUUCGGAUUUGAUGAUAAAGCAAACUCCUACUUCUUCCUUGCAGCUGGGGGUCAACUUGUAGUAAUGUUCUGUGUGUUGAGCUGUUUGACUCGGUUAGUUUCUGAUAGAAACCUUGUACUAGUUGGUCUAGUUGCUCUCAACCUUGCUCUAGCCUGGAAUACCGCCACAAUACCACACUUUGCGGAGGGAGAUGCUGGAUAUUUGAAAUAUUUUGGUGUUGGUGUUUUCCUUGAAUUAGUUGGAGUACCAGCAGUUAGUGAUAUAGGUUUAGCUUUAUACUCCAAGUUGUUACCUGAACGAGUUCAAGGGUUUGCUCACGGAGCUCGUAGGUUCCUCAGUUUGUUGGCCAUGAUGCUAGGACCAGUGUGGGGCGGAGCUCUACUGCCCCACCCCUUGGUCCUGACAAUACUUCCUCUUCUACUUCAGAUAAUAGGAACAGUUCUCUUCAUAUUCAGUUUUAAACAAAUGAAACCGGAAGAGAUUAACCAGGAAGAAGAUGUCAAUGAAAACACUCCUCUACUCGUAGAAUAAUCAAUCAAUUAAUCUAAUUACAAACUACUCAAGUAAUCAAAAUACUCUCAGAACAAUUAAUUAAUUAAUAUACUCACAGAACAAUCAAUCAAUUAAUAUACUUGCAGAUUAAUUAUUCAAUCAAUAUACUCGCAGAACUAAUUAACUCGAAAGACAUUUAUCGCUUCUUAAGCAAUCUAUUUAAUUAGUUCCAUCUUUAAUAGAUUGAUUAACAGUUUGAAAACUUAAAGUCUUGUAGUUUUUUAUCAAAUAAUUCUUCUAUGAAGUCUUCCAAUAUAUUCUUUUACGUAGGUUUUAUAUAGCUCUAUUUAUACACUAGACUCUUGAAAACUAUUAUCAAUCAAUCAAUCAAUAUACUUACAGAACAUUCAAUCAAAUGAUAUUUAUCGAUCGAGAAGCAAUCUAAUUAAUUAGUUCCAUCUGUAAUAGAUUGAUGACCACUGACCAGUCUUAAAACUUAAAUUCUUGUAGUAUUUUAUCAAAUAAUUCUGUUAUGGAGUCUUCCAAUAUUUACUUUUACAUGGAUUUUUUAUAGUUCUAUCACAUAACUCACUACGCUUAUUUUUAUAAAAUUAGCAGAAUUAAUCAAUUUCAAACUCUCAGGAUGAAAAAAUGUAUAUUUUUACCAAAAUAAGUUAACUUUUAACAAGAAAUGAAGAAAUUUUGAAUUUUGAGCCACAAUAAUUUAGCUUUGUGUUGACUAGAAAUAUUUAGAGAAAGAUAAUAACUAAAAAGUAAAGAUUUUCCUCUGAAGACGCAGAGAACCAAAAGAAAGAAAUUAAAAACUUCAUAUGCAGUUAAAAUAUUCUUUCAUUUCUAUGCCUAAAUCUGCCAAUUUUUCUGUUAUACUUCUUAUGUUAUGUGUUAUGUAUGCUUAUAGAAAAAUGCUUCCACCUUAUAUUUAUAUUAUCGAGCUUACACAAUACUGAAGAGCUUUAGUUUUUCAGGAAUCUCAUCGUGCUUUAAUAUUGUUACCAUUGUAACAAAAAAAAACCAAUUUGAGUUAUGUUUAUAUUAAGUAUAAAAUAUGAUCUUACUUUUGUAUGUUUAUUGUAAUAUUGUAAUUUUGAAUUAUUGUAACGGGUAACUCGAUAUAUUGUAAACGUAUAUACGAAAAUAGAUGUUUUUUUGUUUUCAGAUUUAAAAUGGAAACAGGGUUUCUGUCGAACUAGUUCAUUAAUAUUUUCAUGUUUUGGACUUUAGGUUUCUGGGUAGUCUUCAUACUCUCACUCAUGGGGAUUACAAUGUCAAGAGACUGGGAACCCGCUGACACGUUCACCCUGUACAAACCAGACCCUUGGCCUCAGGAGCACACUGAUGAA